AUGGCGCUGCCCCCCGUCAAGAUCGCUUCGCGACCUGCUUCACCCACUCCUUCCCACCAUCACCAACAAGCCGCCGCCGCUUCCUCUUCUUCCUCCUCCUCCUCCUCCCAUCAUCCACCGCCGCGAAUUGCAGCUCGUCCGAUUGCCCCUGCCGAUCGCUCUCCCGAACGCGUCUCUCAGCAUUCCCGCGGCGCGUCUGUCCACGACGCUGACAGCCUUCCGCCCAUUCGUCCACGAGGCUCGCGACCAUCAUCUCCUUCUGGUCACGCCGCAGACCGCGCUCCAUCGUCUCACCACAACGCCUCUUCGACGGCAACGGUGCCCGCAAGAAGCACUGCUCGUAGUCUCUUCCGCGAUCCACGCACCCUGCACCCAGCCGGCCGUUCGCAGUCGCCCAUCGCCGCUUUUCGAAACCGUUCACAGAGCUCGGAGCGUUCGCGUCUCGGCCCAUCCAGGUCGCAACCAAACAGCCCUUUGCUUCAAUCAUCCUCGUUGCGACAUCACAGUGACGCUACGGGCGUUCACCUUCCACCUAUAUCAUCGCUGUCCAAGGAGCUCGUAUCGGAUCAUCCGGACUGUUUCGCACACCGUCGUCGCACGCCCACCACCUCGCCUCGCGCAACCGCACGUUUGCACAUGGGCAACACCUUUCGCGAUUCCAGCCCAGCUGCUUCCUCCGGCAGCCCGGCCACCAUGCGCCACGAUCACCUAGCCUAUCGCCACGAGCAUUCGGCUGAAGAGCAUGCCAAGAUGCAGCGGUAUUCCGACGAACAUCCACGCGCCAUGAACCCCACCUCUAGGGCUAGCUAUGAGCACGAAUCGAGGGGUAUGCCCUAUCGCGACAGCUACUCUGCUCCUUCGCGAGCUAUCGAGGCUUCUUACCACGCAAAUGGUGCUCGCCCCGUCCAUCACGCCGACUCGAGCACCAACAGCCCGCAAUAUGUCCCAGGCGAUGUCUACGAACACGAAGGCUCUGGCUCGCCACCCGCCGCGCAUCAUGCGGGCAUGAGGUGCUCCAACUGCGGUGUUACUUCGACUCCGCUUUGGAGAAGAGCCCCCGAUGGUAGCACCAUCUGCAAUGCCUGCGGGCUCUACAUCAAAUCGCACAGCACACACCGUUCUGCUUCGAACCGUCUCAGCGGCUCGGACGCAAGCCCGCCUACGCACGAAGCCAAGCUGGCCGCUGCGGGACCUAGCUGUUCGCGCGAGGACGAUCCCAAGUCCGGCUCUUGUCCCGGCGACGGUCUCUGCAACGGCACUGGCGGCACUGCCAGCUGUAGCGGUUGCCCUGCCUACAACAACAAUCUCUCGCACGCUCUCAAGGUUAGCAAACGUGAAUCACAAACUAGCGAAGAUCCUCCUCCUGCCCGUACCGCAGAAAGAGCGCCGCCAGUGGCAGAGGAAAAAAUGGACGACGAUAAGAGCGUCGUCGGCGCGCUUCGAUGCACCAAUUGCCAGACGACCACCACCCCACUGUGGCGACGCGACGAAGACGGCAACAAUAUCUGCAACGCUUGCGGUCUCUACCAUAAGCUACACGGCACACACCGACCCAUCGGAAUGAAAAAGUCGGUCAUCAAGCGCAGAAAGCGUAUUCCCGCCAAUGCGACUGCACAGCCCACUCAUAUCCUUGACGUCAUUCCUGUUCAAAUGAACGCCAAUGGUCAGCCUGUUAUUGCGCCCGCUGCCGGUCGCAAUGCCGGCGAUUCUACACCCAAGUCGACCGAGUCUAGGCGUGCAUCCAAAAAGUCGUCCUUGACGUCCGAGCAGGCCAUGCGCGAAGCUCGCGAUCGCGAGGCUGCCAUGCUCUUGAUGGAGGUUGGCGCUGGCGCCAGAUCGCGGAAUUCGGCGCAAGAAGACGAUCGCAUCCACCAAAAUGGCGCUCUGGCCACUUCGACUUCCUUCCAUCACGACUUUCACUCUGCCAGGGCCGGUGCUGAUACCGCUCGCACUUCCCACCCGGAUGACAGCCGCUCUUCUAAGCGACCUCGCCAAUCGUACCCGUUGGCACCUCGUGAGGCCUACGACGAACGUGACGUUUCCGCCAUCGCUUCUCCUCCGGCCUACAAUGAGACGCAUGCAGCUGGGGCGACGCGAUCGCAGCGUUCACAGCGUUCGCCUGUCGACGCUCCCUUGACGGACAGGCUUGGCCGUUCAGAGCUGCAUGGCGAGUCGUCCCAUGGCACCAGCAACGCCCCCGAGCAUGCAGCCCGCGCUAGCGCGUCCGAUGGCGCGCGACUCGGCUCGGUCGUACCCCAUCACCAUCACCACCAUCACCACCAUCACGCCAACCAUGCUUCGCAUGCAGUUCAUCACGGGCAUCAUCACCACCACCAUCACCCCGUAACGGUGUCGGCCAGCUCACAUGGUCACGCCGGACAAGCGCCGAGCGGAAUGACCAAGCUGAGUGAAGUCGAGAGAUUGAGAGACGAGCUGCUCUUCGAGCGCAGACGUAUUGACGAGGUGCUUCGCCGCGCCGAGGCCAUUCUCGCUUCAGCACGCGCCGGCAACUUCCACGUCGAAGCAGCCGGACCGUCCACGAGCGGGUUGCGCAAUGGCCACGAAGCUUCGCACGAGUCUCCCCCAACGGGCUCUGCUCAAGGUAGUCCGGGCGCCGACGCCCGCGGCACCCGAAGUGGCCAUGAUUCUAUCAAACAGGAAGCACCGGACGCUGCUCCUCGCCGCUCAAAGGCAUUUAGCAACAGCAGCUCGUCGAGCGAGAAGGACGAAUUGGAAUCUCCGCCUCCGUCUGCGCACCAGCAGCUGGCAUCUCAGCCCUUGGUCGCUGCGACAGGCGCGCAGCCCGCUUCUCGCCGCAACAGUUUUGAGCAGCGGAUGGCUUCGCUGCCAGUGAUGGCAGCGGUGCCUCUGAAGCGCAGCUCGCCUCCCAGCACCGUCUCGAAUCCGGCCGAUAACCGACCGUUAUCCAUCGCACCUCAGCCCGCUCGAAAGGCCACUGCGUGGGGUAUUGAUACUCGUUCCACGCCUGCGGCAUCGCCCAGAUCUGGCGAGAAGCGUGCUCGUGCCGACGAGAUGGACGAGGACGAUGACCACUGGAACUGGGACAACCUCUACGGCAAAGCCAAGCUUGAAAAGGCUGGUGAUUGGCGCGGCUUUGCACGACCGGUUGAGGACCGGCGAAGCCAGUCCAAGAGCAAUGGCGUGACUCGAAGGGAGUCCUCUUCUACGCCGAUCGCUGCGCGUUUGCCUGUGGCUUCCAGUCCUUCUCAAGCUGUGAGCGCCCCACGAACUUGA